AUGUCCAAAGCUCUCGAAUCCGCAGCGCCAUUGCCCGUGAACCCACCGCCUACCGUGGUCCAGCCCAAGAAGAAGGCACCAUAUCCAUUCUGGCUAGGAGGCGUCGCAGCUACUAUUGCUGCAUCCAUAACACAUCCCCUGGACCUGACCAAGGUGCGCAUGCAGGCGACGGGGGACAAGGGCAUGGUGCAGUCGAUCCGGAAGACCGUCCACACAGCAGGCUUUGUCGGGCUGUUCGAUGGGAUCACGGGUACGUGGCUCCGCCAAAUGAGCUACUCGCUGUGUCGGUUCUGGGCAUACGACGAGAGCAAGAAGUUCCUCGACGCCGGUCCCAGUUCGCCUGCGUGGAAGCUUGCUUUGGCGGGCAGUAUGGCGGGAGGUAUCGCUGGAAUCGUCGGUAAUCCCGGAGAGAUCAUGAUGGUCCGUCUUCAAGGGGAUCACGCGAAGCCCCCAGAGAAACGCUUGAACUACAAGAACUGCAUUGACGGUCUCAUCCGCAUGGUCCGCGAAGAGGGUGCUUCGUCGCUCACGCGAGGCAUUGGCCCGAACGUUUUCCGUGCGAUACUCAUGAAUGCAAGUCAACUAGCAUCAUACGACUUCUUCAAGCAUGAGCUGCUGAAAACUAGGUAUUUCGAGGAUAACAUCACCGUUCACGUUGCGGCUAGCUUUGCUGCUGGUACGGUCGCGACUACGGUUUGCUCGCCGGCUGACGUCUUGAAGAGUCGCAUCAUGACGGCCACAGGCAAGGAGGCAUCUUCGACUAUGCAAGUGAUCAAAACGUCGUUCCGCAACGAGGGCGCCAUGUUCAUGUUCAAAGGAUGGCUUCCUGCAUGGACCAGGUUGCAACCCACGACCAUCCUCAUCUUCGUCACGCUCGAGCAACUCAGGAACCUCGUCGACUGGACUCGUGAGAAGCGCGGGAAGGACUAG